GUUCGCUCGCCGUGAUUGACACUUUUUCGGUUGUCUUUGUGCGUGGAUAUCGAGUGGCUUGUUGCUGCAAACUGCUCUGAAAGGAGGAGAGAGACAAGUCCACGGCACCAGACGAGCCUCCAGACCAAUGCUUGCUCGUAAAAAGUGCCAAACAGCCAGCAACGACAGCGCAUAUGUUAGCUUGGAGCUAGCCAGUGCUAGCUAGCUGAGCAGCGGUCAGUGAAUGGCUACGCAGAGACCAGCAUUGACUCUCUCCCACGCAGACUCUUGACAUGGGGAGUAAAAUGUCCUUCGGCAGAGGAAGCAGUGACCAAAAUACAGUCUCAGAGUUAACUUCUGUGGCGUCACAACCUCGCAGUCCCAUUCAUGCCCCUUCGGACUGCAAGCAGAUACCCGAAGACAAGAGAUGCAGUGAGGAAGACUUAGCCUCCAGGUGGGGAGACGAAAUGAAAGCAACAGAAAUGGCUCAACCUGGACCUGAAUCCCAGUCAUCAGUGCACGUGGACUCUGAUGGCCUUAUUAACUCAGAAACAGUAAGCGAAACAACUCGCCAACUCAGUGAACACUUACCGGCACAGGUAGAGAUGGAAGCAAAGUCCGAAGUGAUUCCUCCUGCAAGUUUGUGCAGCUCUACAACAGACAGUCACGGACAGCCUGUGGAGGCCCGCAGGAAACGCAGGCGCCGUCGUACAAUGACACAGUUGUUGACUGAAGAGAAAAUAGAUUUCGAUUGUGCUGGUCUUGAUGCGGUUCAGCACGAGGAGAUUAGUACGACAAUACCGUUGCCAACAUGCUUGGAGAACCACAACAGUGACGAUGUGCCUAAUGAUGGGAAAGGAGAAGACGAUGCCUCUGAGCUGCCAAAAAGAAGAAGAGGAAGACCAACAAAAGUGGAAGGCAAAGCUCAUAAAGCUUUGGUUGCCAAGUCUGCUGCUACUUCUCCCCCUAAAGCUAAUAAUAUCAGUCAUUCAUGGAGACUGAGGAGUAGAGAUGAAAAACACAGUUCAACACAGGAUGGAAAGUCUGAAUCUGAUAGCAAGUUAGACUCUAAUCAGACUGAAAUGACACUUACAGAAAGUAGUAAUACAUUAAGCUUUCAAGGUAUUAAAAGAAGAAGAACUAAACUGGCUGAUCAACAAGUUCCAGCCAAAGUGUCCAGACUGGAUGUUUCCCAGGAGGCCUUGUCGCUGUUGAGCAACAAUACCGGCUGUCUAGAGGCAGAUAAGCAGGUGGAACUAAACACUGACAAACAAGAGACUGAUACAGAUGGAAAAAGCUGCCAACUCUCCCAGCCUAAAGAGCGUACGACCACUCAGAGUGAUGACAUGAAUGGCAGCGAGGAGUCACAAUCACAAAGCAGUCUUGAAUUAAAAAAGAAUGCAAAAUUUAGUGCAAAUGUUUUAACAUCCUCUGAAAAAUCACCUAAACCUGUAGGAGAUGUGAAGACGGAGAACAUCGAGAUGGGGCUGGAACAUUUAAAUCCUGUGCCCAGUGCCAGAGUUCAAGCUGAGGGUCGAAACAGUCAGAGAAACACUUUCAGACGCAAGAGAGGUGGCAAGAGGAGGAGGAGAAUAAGUAAUGUUUUGUUACAGAAAGAGCCGCUCGCAGAAAACCAGGAUGACACUCAACAAAAUACAGACUGUGGUGAUGGGGUUAAUGAGGCCAACUCAAACGUCAUCUACACUAAAAAACGGGGGAAAACUAUGUUGAAAUGUAGUUACUGUGGUCAUGUAUCCAAAUUCCUCUCUCAGUUCAUCAUCCAUCAACGCAUUCAUACAGGAGAACGGCCUUUCAAAUGCCCUGAAUGUGGCAGAGGGUUUAGCAAAAACUCCAACUUAAAUCUUCAUCUCAAGACGCACAGAAAGAGCCACAUGUAUCAAAAAUGUCCAUAUUGCAAGAUCAAAUUCUCUUGCUCGGAGUACGCCGCUCACAUGAAGAUGCAUUUGUUGGACCAGGACUCGGAGAAAUCGAAAACACGCAGCAGAGGGAACGACCAUGAAAUUACUGGUAGUCAGGGACUUCACAGAGCUGUUUCCCCAGAAAAGAGAGAAAGAAAAGUGUGCCAGUAUUGUGGUAAAACAUUCCGCUUUCAGUCUGCCCUCAUAAGACACGUGCGUGUCCACACUGGAGAGAAGCCUUAUAAAUGUGAUAUAUGUGGCAAAGCUUUCGGUCAGGCCUAUUUCCUGCGGGUUCACGAGCUCACACACUGGUCCGUGAAGCGUUACAACUGCACACGCUGUGAAAAAUCAUUCACUCAUUAUAGCAAUGCAAAAAAUCACACUUGUAGACCUGUGGGAAGCAACGAAGAUUUGUACCCUGACAGCGUAAAACCUUCACUAACAUACACGUGCCACAUCUGCAAGAAUGUUUUUGACCAUCUGCAGGAGUUCAACAGCCACAUGAGAGACCACACCGGUGCAAAGCUUUAUCGCUGCUUGUAUUGUGACAAGCUGUUUGCUUCAAUGUCUGAAUUUAGCUCCCAUCGCACUCAGUGCGGAGGAGAUAGACCCGCCUCCAGCUCUGGGAUAAAAGAGGACGAGACGGUUUCGUUGAUAAAGUACACGGUGCCUGCUCUCAGGUGUUCGACAGGAAACAAUCCUGCUCCUCCUCUCGCAGCUGCAAAUUGUGAAACACAGAAAAAAACACCGCAGACCAUCCGCAAGAAACGCCCUGCAAACUUAAGGAAACCGUUCCAGUCAACAGUCAUCCCGGCUCACAAUCUCUCACACUUUGUGGCAACGUUAAACAAACUAGAUAACCGCUCAGACCCCAGGAGAUAUUUAUGUCCAAGCUGCGGGCGACUGUUCAGACACAUGGGCAGACUCCGAGCCCACAUGCUCACACACCCCCAGGGUCAAAGUUACACCUGUGCCUGCUGCGGCAAGAUUCUAGAAGACUGGAAAAAACUGUGGCAUCAUCAGAGGAUCCAUCGACAGAGACGCGGACGCUUCACUUGUCCGCAGUGCGGGAAAGGUUUCCGGUUCGUGGAGCUGUACAAAAAACACAUGAGCGAGCACCCAGAGUUCCAGUGGAUUCAAGUCAGGCCCAAGAAAGUGUUUCUGCCUUAUCAGUGUGAGCAGUGCAGGUGCAGCUUUAAGACUCUAGACCUACUGUUCAGUCACCAGCUCUGCCAUUCCUCAACGCACAAGGAAUCUGAUUUUGAUUUAUCCGUAGAUGAUCAAUCUACGCAGUCUAACAAUAAAAUGUUCACCCCUUCCACGAACAAACACAUAUCUCCGUUACGUCCAGAUCCUGAGGAACGCAGCUCUCCUCUGGACCCCUUAUCCAACUAUCCAGACCCAGUAACUGAGGAGUUCCCUUUCUUCAAAAAUCAGGGUCUUGAUUUGGAUAAAACUUCCCAGCGUCCCAUUCGCACAUACUCAAGAUUUUCUUUAAUCCAAGAUAGAGAAACCAAUCUUGACAGACUGGAUGAAAAUGCACUUGAAAAGCCCAUGACUUCCUUGAGAACUGUGAAAAGACACGUGAGCCAAAAUGUCAGCAUAUCCGACGAAGGGUCUGCAGGCGGUGUUAAGUGUGCUGUGUGUGGCGAUGCAUAUCCUGCCAUUUCAGACCUCUACCAUCAUUAUUUGCAGCAUGCUAGAGUUUUCUGCUUCAUAACAAAUGACUGUAAAGAGACUUUAGUUGGAGGCCAUGGUGUUACGAAUCCAGGAGUUGUAGUUGCAGACCUUGGCGUAGACUCCAGGCUUGUUCCUCUGGGCGCAGCCGUAACCCCAGGACACCACACCCUGCAGCUGACCGUUGCACACCACGGGGCCACCAGAGUCACCCUGAAAGGACACAGAAAUAGAGGACAACAUGUGAGCAGAGGUGUUCUGAUGUUUGGUGUCAACUGUAAGAAAUAUGCUGACUUUAGGUCGUACCUGGCAGGAGUCCUUGCCUCCCUCGAGGAAUCCAGCGCAGAACAUGUUGGAGGUGAUCUGUCCAGGGUAGGAGGACCUGCAGCUGCUGUCGCUCAGGAUGGGGGCAUCCAGGCACCUCAGACGAUCAGGCUGCUGGUGUUGCCCCAUCCAGAGAUCAGGCAGCGGGUUCCAGAGCUGGCACAGCUGGAGGGCAGGGACACGGUUGCGGCUGCUGUACCUGGGGUGACGGAUGACCUUGGCAGAGUUGAUGAACUGCUCUGUGCCCUCGUUGACGGCGAUGUUGUGCUCACCGAGACGCACCUGGACGCGGCUGCAGAGAGGGUUAAACUACAUUACUACGAGGAGGGGGGGCUGCUGUACGAGCAAUCACCUCCCAUGCACAUCAAAGUGGAGUCUCCGGAGGGACCCUUUGGAGGGGGAGCCUCAGAAAACGGCUUCCCCAGGGAGGAUGAGGACUCGGAAGGCAGCUGUGACCAGAGCAGCGGACUGCCAGGGGGUCUCCCCUUCAACGUGGUAGUGGUGCAUCCGAACAUCAUGGCACCUGGCAUGUCCUCAGACGACCUCUUGUCCAUUGAACAAAACAGAGCUAUGUCAGCUGCACUGGCUGCUGGCGGUGCAGGAAAAAGAAAGAGUCGCUUCAGUGGAGCAGAGCUGGAGGUGUUGGUGUCAGAAGUCACUCGGUGUGAAGGAGAGCUCUUUGGUCCUGCGGGGAGGCUCCGGCGGCGGGAGAGAGAGCGCAUCUGGGCAGGAAUCCUAGAGAGGGUCAAUGCCGUGUCCAGAGUCCCGCGCACCCUCAGAGAGGUGAAGAAACGCUGGGACGACCUGAAGAGACGCAACGGAGGCAGGCUAGCGGACGCUCGCCACCGCAGCUGUUACCUGCCAUCCAGCAGGGGAGCCUCGAUGCUUGGCCGUCCGUCCCAGACAAGCCCCAGGCUUCAACAAGCCAGGCAAAAGCAAAGCACCAGACCAAAGCCCAGUUUCCCAUGCUUCCCUGACUCUGAUACAGGCGUAGGAGUGGAAGGGUCAGAGAGAGAUGGUUUGGAGAAAGAUGAGGACAAUCCUGAGCGUGAUAGAGAAGUGGGAGAAUCUGAAUGUGAACCUGUCGACAACAGCAUGGAAGACAAAUUGGGUUUAGGACUGGGUCUGGGCAUAGGACCACCUCCUCCAUCAGAACGAUGGCUGCCUCCUUCCCCCCUGUACAGUGCGCCUUUCCUCAAUGGCAGCCCUCAGCCCAGUAGUCCUCAGCCUUCGCUUGGAGCACAGCAGGGUCCUCUUGAAGCCCCUCUGCGCAGCUCCUGGCUGGAAGAUGAGCUACGUGGGUUAGGCGAAGCAGCAAUUCAACUGGGAAAUCGGGUAGAAAAGAGCCUGCGGGAGUUUGGGGAAGGUUUCAGGCAGGACAUGAGAACACUUGUCACCUCACAAGAGGCACUAGCAAACAUGGCCGCCGUAGACCCAUCGGAGUCUCCGAAACGACAGAAAUCCCCUGCGGAGGAGGUGGAAACAUCUGGGGAGAGAAGCGAGGCGGUGGAGUCGGGAUGCAGCUCAAAUCAGAGAGAUGAAACUACGGAUAAUAAAACCGCGGCGAGCCCCGACGAUGAGCGGAGAGCCAGUGUUGGUAACGACGGCGGUGGUGUUGCCAGCCAUUCUGAGGUUAGUGUCGAGUCCGGUGGUGCUGGAGCCGAAAAAACGACAUGUAAUUCAACGGAGGACCUAACAACGGCUGAAAAAAUGGCCGAGACUCCUGGCAGCGAGCAGCAGGCUUUCGACUGGUCUGAACCCGAAGACGACGAUGAAGAGACGAAAACACACCGGGAGAAAAAUGAUAAGUGUGACCUGAACAGUGUUAAAGAAAGGGUGCAGCAGCAUACACAACUUGAUGAUGAUAGUACGGAUGAUGCAGAUGAGACUCUAGAGGAGGAAGCAUCACACGCUGAUGAGGGGAGCCAAGAGAAGGAGCUGGUGGGAGAGGUGGACAGGACAGAGGACGUGGUGGAAGACGGUGAAGAGGCAGAGCGAGGAGAGGACGCUGAUCCCACAGCAAAGCCCAAAAAGUGCCGCUUGGUGUGCAAGGAGUGUGGGAAGAGGUUCACCCGCCGCGAGACAUUCAACCUUCACCGUCACUUCCACGCACACGAGGAUGAGCUCACACCUCUCACCUGCAAAGAAUGCGGCCUUACCUUCCAGCACCGCAGCAGCCUCAUCAAACACAGGAACGAACAUAAAGAGAAGGAGGAACGGCUUGUUGCGUCAAAAGCAGAGGGGAGUUUUGAGUGUGCAGAGUGUGAGAGGACCUUCUCAACAGUGGAUAAGCUGAGGGACCACAACUGCUGCAACACAGUAGAAAAGCCUUACCACUGCCCCCUGUGCCGCCAAGAGUUCCAGUUCAAGGUUUCUAUCACUAAGCACAUGAUGAUCCACUCACACGAGAACAGCAUGGGCCGCCGCUACCAGCAGCGAUGUCACUCCGCCUUGAAACCCUAUGAAUGCCCAGAGUGCGGCUUGGUUUUUAAACACUACUCCGUCAUGGAAGACCACCGUCGCAAGCACACAGACAACACGCGUUCACACUUGUGCAAUAUCUGCGGCAAGACUUUCAAGUACAGCAGCCUCCUCCAUCAGCAUCAGUAUCUGCACACAGGCCAAAAGCCCUUCCGCUGCCCCGAAUGCGGCAAAAAAUUUGCCUUCGCCCAGAACAUGAAGGCACACUGCCGCCAGCACAGACUGCGUGAAACCAACUCCUCCACUGAGCAGCCCAGCAAGCAGGCUCCAGCGUCCGUACAGGAGGCCGUCAGAAGGCCGGGGAAAGAGAACACGCACCAGAGCGAGGAACUGAAACGCACAUUCAACUGCCCCCUUUGUCCCCAGACCUACGGGUCCCCAGCUCACCUGAGAGCGCACAUGCUUAUCCACGAGGCCGAGUAUGAGAUGCAGGAGAGAACGCCCAGACCCCCGAAAGAGAUUAACAAGCCCUGGGAAAAAGGACACACCUGCCCUCACUGCCCGUGUAUUUAUCGUGAUGAGAACAGUUUAAAUAUGCAUCUGGCAAGUGCCCACAAGUCUGUAGCACAAUAUCCAGAAACGGUGGCAACACCACCCAAAAAUAAAUUUACUCCCAUAAGCAGUGACAAUGUACAGGGGAAAUGUAGAAGUGAUGGCAUAAGUAUUAAGUCAUACAAGUGUUCAGAGUGUGGAAAAACCUUCCGCCACCGCUCAGUGUUAGAGCUGCAUAUGCGCAUACAUUCCAAGGACAAGCCUUAUCAGUGCAAAGUGUGCGGCAAGGGCUUCAGAUUCGGUAGCUACUUACAGCAACAUCUCAUCAUCCACACAGGCAAGAAGCCAUACAAAUGUCCCGACUGUGGGAAAGACUUUGCAUUCCUGCAGAACAUGAGAACACAUCAAAAGCUGCAUCAGGAAAAACCGUUCCGCUGCACCAGCUGCCGCAAAGGCUACAGCGACGAGACCCAACUGCAGCACCAUAUGCUCUCGCACAAUGGUGACAAACCUCACAAAUGUGACUUGUGCGACAAGAGCUUCGGGUUAGCCUAUCUGCUCCGUGAUCACAUGAACACGCACACAGGAGAGAGGCCUCAUCGCUGCGAUGAGUGUAACAAAACAUUUUCUUGGUUUAGCAGCCUGUUAGUGCACCAAAAAAUCCACGCUCGUAAACGCCAGGGUUUCAGCCAGUAUAAUUCUUUCCCGAUGGGUGCCAGGAUGAGAGGCAGGGGCAGCAGGGGGAGGAGAGGGGCGAGGCCCAUUUGGGGCUUUUCUAGAUCAUUUGGAAGCUCUGGGAUUGUUAGCUCUCAGCCGACUCUGUAUCCAGUUUCAUUACUGAGAGAUGCUGAGCACAGAAGGGCAGCCCAGCCACAGUCCUCCAUGCUGUCACCGCGGAUGGAUUUACAGGGUAGACAGCAGAAGGAGCCGUGGCUGACUGAGCGACACCCUCAGCCGGUGCAGUGGAAGGUGGACGGCGGAGAGGUCAUGCCUGUCCCCUCGUCACAGCAGCAGCACGCAGCUCCACAGCAGACGCAGUUUGACAGCGCACCGCAGCCCGCCCUUCAGCACCACCAUCAGAGAAGUCCAGGCUGGGCAGAUAGCCCUUUGAUAUCUCAGUCAGGCCCCGCAUCUGCUCAGAGCUCAGAGUCAUCACACAUUAAAGAGAGCGCAGCUGCUAUCGUCAGCUCCGUCACGGCAGCUCUGCCAAAAAAAUCCAGCCCAUUGUCAGUGAGUGAGAUUGAGCAGCACAGGCAGCACAAGCUUGUCGCUUGGAGUAGCACACCCACAUCGACUGUGCUAGCUUCCACAAGCUCGCUGCAACAUGAUUUUUCUAAUGCCUCGUCUUACCAAGACGGGGCAGCUCUGUGGAGCAUCAGACCUUCUCUGCUAACAAAUUCACGGAGCUCUCCAAAUAAGCUCGGGCAAGAGCUCCAGCUGCCAAGGUGGGCAAGCGCCCCAAUGUCAAUGCAAAAGGAGCCUUCCACACCUCCUAAAAAAGAGGACACUAGAAUGUGGGAGAUGAGUAAUCCUCAAGUAAUACCGUCGACUGUUAGCCAGCCAGAGAAGUCGUGGAACGGCUGUGAGCUGCAAAAUCAGUGGGUCUCAGGCUUAGCAGGUGCAUCCACCUCAGCUCAAAUAGACCAAAGCAGUGCUAUGCCAAUUUCAACUCCUGUUUCUCACGGGGUAGGUAGCACCUUGUGGGACAUACAAACACCACCAGGAAUUCCAAAGACUAUGAACUCUUCUGAGAAUUUAGUAAAUACUCAAGAUUUCCAGCUGCAGCAAAAGCAGGUGUCGUCGGGCUGGGCCAGUGUACAGAGUCAGCCAACGACACAGAAGGUUCCCAUCUCCAUUCAAUAUGAACCUCAUCGUUUUGGCCAGGGGUUGGGAUCGCCAGUUUGGGGCUUCCAAAGUAAUCAAACGCUGCUAACUGGGCAGCUCAAACCAGGGAAUGGGCAGGAGCUGCAGCAACAGCCAAUGGCAACGGGCACGCAAAUAAUCAUAAACCAGCCUUCUCCCUUUUUCUCACCUCCACUCGCUCCGCUCCCUCCUCUCGCUCUGCCUGGCCCACACCCUCUUCACUCUGUCGCAGUUGGCCCGCUUCCAAGACCUCCACCCCCAAAUAUUUUUUUCACUCCACAGGCAGUAAUGAGCGAGAGGCCACACAUAACACAGACCCUGCCCCUACCUCAGCUCGCCCCGCGGACAGAACCUCACAAACUUGGACCCCGUUUGCCUUUUGCCCCAGAACGGCUUCUCCAGUGCAUGAUAUGCGGGUGUUCUCUUCCCCGGGAGCUGGAUCUACAAAUGCAUUACUUGCAACAUGCACAAGGAGAGAUUUGACAUUUCUACACUAGCAAUUAGACUUAGUUAAGGUUUUUAUUUGAAUUUUUACUGAGUGGAACCUCAUUUAUUUGACCCUUACUCAGACAGUUUGACCAGUUGAGUGGAUGGGCAUUAGAAACAAAAAGAUUAAAUGUAAAACUUGAUUUUAGUCUGCACUCUUGAUGCACAUUUAAGGGUUUUAACCUCUUAAUUAGACUGUUGAGUUUGUAAUAAAGGGUGUAUACAUGAUGUGCCAUUUAAUUAGUUUCACUGUCUCUUUAAAUGCAUUUAAGUUAUCCAAAUACUUGCCUGGUUUAAACAACUUGUGAAGGUGCAGAUUAAUGAGGUUCUACAGCCUACAUUUCAUUUAUUGCCAAUGACAUUUAGAUUUAGAUAAUAUUAGUACUUUUUUAGUACCAUUUGAACUGUGUUUCUUCAUGUACAGUAUACUGUGUGCCUUUUAUGAGUACAGUCUGCAUGUCUGCUGUCUUGGUAUUCUAGGCCUAGUUUGUGCUUAAGGUAGACUCAACAAUGUGACCUCACUCCCAAAACACAGAGCAAGUCUUUUUGAGAUACCUAAAGAAGCGUACGUUUUUGUUUUUGAGGAGGAGAGGAUGGGGUUGUUGUGCUCAUAGAAAACAUCUGUCAGAAUAUAAAAUGGACAGCUGACUACACACAUUAUGACCCUGUUAAAAAUGACUAAUAAUCACAGGGCUAUUGGCUGGAUCCAAAAAUGUCUCCAGUGAUGUUCUCAUCAUUGUCAUUUGGUCAAAGUAUCUGUAAACAAAAUGUGACGGUUACAUGUAAAGGUCAUUUCACAAAAGAGUUUUGCUGUAAAUUCAACUCUUGAGUGAUCAUUGGGAACAGGGAGAAAGUAGCGUCAUCACACACUUAUUGACGACACUGUUGUCAAAUAUUGAAUUUUUUGAAUAAAUUAAACCUGGAUUUAUGUGAUGUUUUGUCAUUAAUAUUUAUUGCAAUGACAAGACAAACAUGAAACUGAUUAUGUAAGAUGUGUGUUGCUCCAAUCAGUCCAGUCCGAAUUCAGCGAAUUUGUGGCAACGUGUCAUAACUGAUACUCUUUAUAAUUAGAUUUUAGACAAAUUACUGGGUGGCAGUACUUUGCACCUACUGUAAACUAAUAUUACAGUGUAAAGUGUAUCUCUUACCAAAAUGAUUAUUUCAGAUUGGAAUGUACCCAUAUUUAUAAAUUUAUGUCCACUUUUGAGUACAAUGCAAUGUAUUUUUUGUGAAUACUGAAUGAUUUCAUUCCAUAAUACUGUAGAUUUAGCUGAGUACAGAGUCCUAUCUCCUCCAUUAUGAUAAUGGGCAUUUGAGUAGCUGUGGUGGCCCACUAACUGACUGAAAAUCUUCAUUACUACUGUAAAAUAAACACACGGUCCAUUUGUACAAAAAAACAACCGUCCCUGUGCGUCUUAACAUUUAGCGUCUUAAGUUUCAAAAACAUGUGCCCUUCUACCUCUAUCCACUGUUUUAGCAUGGAAAGAAAUAGAAUUUUCCCAUGAUGUCUACAUAUUGGAUUAAAUAAAACCUGCCUUUGAUUACAAUGUUGUGAUGCGCAGUACUUGUCAGGUGAACCUAAUUCAGGGUUAACCUUCAGCAUUUUAACAUCCGUAUCACAGAGGACUUAUUAAUGCAAACUUACUAACGCAAAAAGACAUAAGAAAAAGGAUUAAAUCCUAGUUUGGAAAGUUUUCAUAUGCUAAUGGAUGAAUGUUUGCCCCUUUACCUUUGGUUGGUGGAGAAAAUUGCUGUAAAAAAGUGACAUAGACAGUAUGAAGUGUUAUUAUCA